UCCCGGCCGGCGGAGUGAGUGGAGGCUGCAGCUCGGCUCGGCUCGGCUCCCGCGACGCUGCUGCCGCUGCAGCUGCUGCUGCCGCUGCCGCCGCCGCGAAGCCCCCGCCCCACUUCCCCCGCGUCGGGAUGAGCUCCCGGAAAGUGCUGGCCAUUCAGGCCCGAAAGCGGAGGCCGAAAAGAGAGAAACAUCCGAAAAAGCCGGAGCCUCAACAGAAAGCUCCCUUGGUUCCUCCACCCCCGCCCCCUCCACCACCACCGCCUCUGGCAGACCCUGCGCCCCCGGAGCCAGAGGAGGAGAUCCUGGGGUCAGACGAUGAGGAGCAGGAGGACCCCGCAGACUACUGCAAAGGUGGCUAUCAUCCAGUGAAAAUUGGAGACCUCUUCAAUGGCCGGUAUCAUGUUAUUAGGAAGCUAGGAUGGGGACACUUCUCUACUGUCUGGCUGUGCUGGGAUAUGCAGGGAAAGAGAUUUGUUGCAAUGAAAGUUGUGAAAAGUGCCCAGCAUUAUACAGAGACAGCCUUGGAUGAAAUAAAAUUGCUCAAAUGUGUUCGAGAGAGUGAUCCCACUGACCCAAAUAAAGACAUGGUGGUACAGCUGAUCGACGACUUCAAAAUUUCCGGCAUGAAUGGAAUACAUGUCUGCAUGGUCUUUGAAGUGCUUGGCCACCAUCUCCUCAAGUGGAUCAUAAAAUCCAACUACCAAGGCCUCCCAGUACGUUGUGUGAAGAGCAUUAUUCGACAGGUCCUUCAGGGGUUAGAUUAUCUACACAGUAAGUGCAAGAUCAUUCACACCGACAUAAAGCCAGAAAACAUCUUGAUGUGCGUGGACGAUGCAUACGUGAGAAGGAUGGCCGCCGAGGCCACCGAGUGGCAGAAAGCGGGCGCCCCUCCGCCUUCGGGGUCUGCAGUGAGUACUGCUCCACAGCAAAAACCUAUAGGAAAAAUAUCUAAAAACAAAAAGAAAAAACUGAAAAAGAAGCAGAAAAGGCAGGCUGAGUUACUGGAAAAGCGCCUGCAGGAAAUAGAAGAAUUGGAGCGAGAAGCUGAAAGGAAAAUAAUAGAAGAAAACGUCACAUCAGCUGUACCUUCCAAUGAGCAAGAUGAUGAAUACCACCCAGAGGUGAAACUAAAAACAGCAGGAUUAGAGGAGGCAGCCGAGGGUGAGACUGCGAAUAACAACGGCGAAGCUGAGGACCAGGAGGAGAAAGAAGACACUGAGAAAGAAAACACGGAGAAAGAUGAAGACGACGUUGAACAGGAACUCGCGAACGUCGACCCUACUUGGAUAGAAUCACCCAAAACCAAUGGCCAUAUUGAGAAUGGCCCGUUCUUGCUGGAACAGCAGCUGGAUGAUGAAGAGGAAGAUGAGGAAGACUGCCCAAACCCCGAGGAGUAUAACCUCGAGGAGCCAAAUGCAGAAAGCGAUUACACAUACAGCAGCUCAUACGAACAAUUCAAUGGUGAAUUGCCAAAUGGACGACAUAAAAUUCCUGAGUCCCAGUUUCCAGAGUUUUCCACAUCAUUGUUCUCUGGGCCCUUAGAACCUGUGGCUUGUGGCUCUGCACUUUCUGAGGGAUCCCCGCUUACCGAGCAUGAGGAAAGCAGUCCAUCCCAUGACAGAAGCAGGACAGUUUCAGCCUCCAGCACUGGGGAUUUGCCAAAAACAAAAACCCGGGCAGCCGACCUGUUGGUGAAUCCCCUGGACCCACGGAAUGCAGAUAAAAUUAGAGUUAAAAUUGCCGACCUGGGAAACGCUUGUUGGGUGCAUAAACACUUCACAGAAGACAUCCAGACGCGUCAGUAUAGAUCCAUAGAGGUUUUAAUAGGAGCAGGUUACAGUACCCCUGCUGACAUUUGGAGUACGGCGUGUAUGGCAUUUGAGCUGGCAACGGGAGAUUAUCUGUUUGAACCGCAUUCUGGGGAGGACUAUUCCAGAGACGAGGACCACAUAGCCCACAUCAUAGAGCUGCUAGGCAGUAUCCCAAGGCACUUUGCUCUGUCUGGAAAAUAUUCUCGGGAAUUCUUCAAUCGCAGAGAUCACAUAGCAUUGAUCAUUGAACUGCUGGGGAAAGUCCCUCGAAAAUACGCUAUGUUGGGGAAAUAUUCCAAGGAGUUUUUCACCAGAAAAGGAGAACUGCGGCACAUCACCAAGCUGAAGCCCUGGAGCCUCUUUGAUGUACUUGUGGAAAAGUAUGGUUGGCCCCAUGAAGAUGCUGCACAGUUUACAGAUUUCCUGAUCCCAAUGUUAGAAAUGGUUCCAGAAAAACGAGCCUCAGCUGGCGAAUGCCUUCGGCAUCCUUGGUUGAAUUCUUAGCAGAUUCUGCACACACGCGUUCUGAGCUGGCACGUGUUGUCCAGUGCAUUGGCCCUAAACGGGGACUCUCGUUCUUAACAGGAUUACAAGUGAGCUGGCUUCAUCCUCAGACCUUUUAUUUUGCUUUGAGGUACUGUCGUUUGACAUCUUGCUUUUUUGUGCACUGUGAUCCUGGGGAAGGGCAGUCUUUUGUCUUCAGCUUAGUAGUUACUGACCCACUUUACUUCUGGAAACGAUAACAUGUCUCUAAGCAUUGUUUCUUGUGUUGUGUGACAUUCAAAUGUCAAUUUUUUUGAACGAAAAAUACUUUCCUCCUUGUGUUUUGGCAGGUUUUGUAACUAUUUAUGAAGAAAUAUUUUAGCUGAGUACUAUAUAAUUUACAAUCUUAAGAAAUUAUCAAGUUGGAACCAAGAAAUAGCAAGGAAAUGUACAAUUUGAUCUUCUGGCAAAGGGACAUCAUUCCUGUAUUAUAGUGUAUGUAAAUGCACCCUGUAAAUGUUAAUUUCCAUUAAAUAUGGGAUGGGGAUUCAAAUUUCAGAAAAGCUACCCAGUCUUGAGUGCUUUGUAGCCUAAGUUGCAUGUAAUGGACUUUAACUACUCCGAGGAGUUGUGCAAACUUUUCAUUCCAUGACAGUCCUUUUGCACUGGAUUUUAAACAACUGGCUCUGGGUUAUAUCAUUCCCCAUAUGGCACUUUAUACAAAGAAAAGACAUGCUUCUCAUUCUGAAAUACGUAUUAUAGUUUAGGACUCCCAUUCAUAUUUUUGCAUAUUUUAAAUUAAAGGUACUUUUAAGGAAAAAGAGCAAUUUCCCUUUAAAAAUGUGGUAGCCUGGUACCAUGUGGUGUUGCCUCCUCCAAGCCCUGUAAGUUAAACUCUACAUAGAUUAAAUUGGACAAGAGAAACAUGUUCAGUGUGUGGAAUGAAAAUAUAUAUUUUUUUGGAAAAGCUUGCUCGUGUUUGUCUAGCACCAAGGUAUGAUAUGUACAAUUUGCAGUGCAGUGGGCAGAAUACUAACAUCUCAGAGGUAACAGGGAUUGCAUUCAUUCCAGAGACAGUUUUGUGUGUGGCUACAACACAUUUUACUAGCUUUUUCAUUGUCUCUCCAUGCAUUGAAGUUGAGAAAAUGAUUUUUUCCCUUUGCAGAUUGCGCACCAUUUUGUUUAUGCAUUUCCUUAAAACUGUAGAAUCCAGAACACAAACCAUAGUAGGCAAUACAAUUUUAGAAUGUAAUACAUAGAGGUACAUUUAGCCUCUUUUAGAAAUCAGUGGAUUGAAUUUUUUUGUUUGUUUUACAUUCCUCAAGGUGCCUCGUUUUUCUUGACUUUGUCCAUUAACAUUUAUCCACAUGCCUUUGCAAUAACUAGAUUGUGAAAAGAUAACAAGUGUUGUAACAAUAAUCCAUUGUUUGAGGUGCUUGCAGUUGUCUUUAAAAUUAAAGUGUUUUGGGUUUUUUUUUCCCAGACAUUGCCUUGGUCAUUGGCCUAUAUUUGAAGCGAUAGAAUCAAUAAACAUUUGCUACCCUUUUAAUGUAGUGUAACCAGAACUAAAGGAAGUAUCAGCAUUCCUGUAGCAGGAAAUGUAGUUGUAGAACAUGCAUUAAGGCUUAAUACGAGGAAAACAUUCAUUGUUUUUGUAAGGGUAGGAUAUGGAUCUAGAAAAGAUGCUGUAGUAUAUAGAUCCAUUACCUAGAAUUUCUGUGACCCUUUUUCAUUCAUGUUUCAUCAAAAACAUACUAGUUACAUUUUGUUUGCGCAUUGUCAGUUUUCUUUUUUCUUCUUCACAGUAUUCACUGUGAGGGAACAAGACACGUAAUCCUCUUAGGAGUUAGCAUUAGAUCAUAUCGCUGUGAGGUGGAAGAUACCAUUCAUUUAUGAAAUGUGCAUGCUAAGUUUUUCUACUGAGGCUGUAGGUGACCUUGUAGAACUCUGUGAAGGAUAGUGGCUGUAGACCAGUGAUGCCAUCCACAAUUUGCACAGGAACCAUUCUCACGAGAACCACGGAGUUCAUGUAUGUCUUCCCUAAGUCCAUAAGAAUUUUUAUCAGGGUUAUGCCACACUUGAAUGAAAUUUGUCUAAUACAGUUUUGGCUCGUGUUAGAAAAUAAUCCAGAUAAUUACGAAUUUUGUUAAGGAUCUCUCAUUUAGGAUAAAAUAGCCUAACUAGUUUAUAAAUGUAAAAGCAGUUGUUCUAGAAGGAAUAUACAUUUGUAUUAGGUAUGGUGUGGUUUUUAGCAGAUUCUUGGUGGCUCCAUGAUGAUGAAUGCAUAUAAGCUAAACGAGGACCACUGGUUAUGCAAAACACUAUAGCCAGCUCAGUGAUUUUAGUUGAAUCGUCCUAUCUUUUCCUUUCUCUAGUCCAUGUGAAGUCAUCAUGGAAAAUGACAAGCAGUGGAUCACAUAUGUGAUGACAGCAGAUUCAGAAGCUGGCUGUCUGGAAAUUAGAACUGCCCCAAAGAGGCAGAGGAAAAGUGGAUAUAAUAGGAGCUUCAAAAAAGCAUUAGCUUUCUAGGUGAAAACUGAUUUACUAACUUGCUUCCUCCCAUACUUGGAUCAUCCGUAGCUAGUUAACAGCUGGGGUAGAGAACUUCGGUUUGUAUCUGCCGGUGAAAUUACUUCUUAAAUUCCAGUUUUCUCCCAUUCAUUUUUUUAGAAAUUAAUGCAGUUUACAGAAAAGCUUCCGUAUACAUUAUUUGUAUAGUAGGCAAAUCUAAAACUACGAGGAAUUAAAAUCUUUAGGACAGUCCUUUUAAAGAGGUGUGACUAUUCAUAGUUCACUAUGCUAGUUAACUUUGUCUUCUGUUUGAAACUAUGCGGGGGAGGGCCGGUGGAUGACUGGAUGAUGUAAAGCCACUUCCUCGUGGACAGGUAUUUCUUUAGCAAAUACCGUAAGUAGAAUCUUGUUUGAUAAUCAAGGAUGGCAAAGUUGACCUAAGUUCUUCUAAAACUCGAUUAGGAUUGAGCCCUAAACACAGCUGUGUUAAUGUAGCUGUUUUCAAAAGGAAAUGGAAAUUAAAAGUGUAAAACAUGACAUACUACUGCCAAUCUUAGUCAUUUUUAGUCUGUUUACUUUUUUCUCCAAUACACAGAAUUUGUAUACUGUGUCAAAUUAUCUCAAGUAAUUGGAUGGUGAAAUAUGUGCUGACAAAUACUGUCACUACUAUUGGUUUAUACUUAAUCCUCCUGAGGUAGAAGACAAAGAAUUUAUUAUUCCAAAAUAGUAACUAGCAUUUUGUAUUUCAGCAAUAAAAUGUUCACUUGAGAGGCCAUUUUCAUUUCACUUGAGAGGCCAUUUUCAUUUCACUUGAGAGAGCUAAGAAUGCCUUUUUCCUUUAGUUUUGUACACCCAAGACAAAUUUGUGAGAUUUCCUGCUACUCUUUUAAAUACUACAGCUAGACAGUAAAUGUUAAGGUUUUCAACUAAUUUUGGCUCAUCAGUAGGACAUUUGCAGUCAUGUUCUAACAUGUACAAAUUAGAUACUCCUGUGUUUUUAGGUAAAAUAUUCUGUACUUUCAAACAGCUGUAAAUUAGUCUAUAGUUGAAUCAUGGGAUGCUUUAAUGGAAUGGAUUCAUCUUGUACGAUGUCAGAUAAUAAGUAAAUGUGUGUAGCAUCUAUGUAGCACGGUAGUUUCUUAUGGCUCCUGCUCCUGCAAAAAAAUAACAUGUAGGAACAUUCCAGGAACAAGCCUUUACCGCCUCCCGAUGAUUGCUGCAGUCCAGUCCAGCUGAGGUAGUAGUUGCGAAAGAAAAUGGAAGGCUCCUUACAAACUCUAUCUGGAAAAGGUAACUUCUGUAAAAACACUUGCAUCAACAGACCCCAAUCUCAGAAGUGGUACAGGACAAUUUGGUAAAACUGACAUAAUUGUGGUUUAUUAACAUGAAUUAAAAUGCCCAACCAGUGCUUCAAUGUGACAGUAUAUUUAAAAUAGAGGAAUUAAAGGCCAUAUACUGUACUACUUUCACAAAGAUCACACAGUUUUGCAAAGACAUGUCAUAUGUACAGUGCUAUAUGAUGUCAUGAGAAAAGCUGUAAGCGAUUAUAUACGCAAAAGAAAUGCAGUAUUUACAGUUUGUCAGGAGACAUUAAAAAUCAUCUAUACAUUAAAUUACAUUUUGCUUGCAAAUAACCGAUAAAAUGAGCCAUCUUCACACCGAACUAAAAAUCUGUAUUGCAUUUUUUUUAUACAUAAGAUGCACUCACAGAACUGCUGAUCGAUAGAAAGAAAAUCCUCAUACUGCCAUUACUUAGCUGUGUAUUUAAUGCAUAUGUAUAAAAUAAUAAUAUAGAAGACAUUCACUAAAUGAAUUUAAUUCCAACGAUAAAAUUUAAAGAUCAUGUAGCAUCAAAUCUACUGCCAGAAAAACAGCUGGAAUGUUCACUUACAAAAUAAAAGAUACCUACACUGGCUUAACAGCACAUUUU